AUGUGCAGUUCCAUGACAGAAGGCGGUAGCAACAGCAACACAUCAACAGCCAGCAAUGAUCACGGCACCAGACAUAGCAGCAGCCAGAAGCAGGUUCGGUUCCAAGAGGAGAAGCUGGAGGAACUGUUUGAGUUGGAGCUAGUCUCGGACCAAGACAAAAAGGCAAAGUGGAUGACACGCGGAGAAUUUAAAGCGAUACACGCUGACAUUUGCCAAGCGGUGGAAGACACCUGCUUUAGUCGACACUACAAAGAAGACGAUGACGACAAAUGCUUCCGGGGAUUGGAGGCCAUUAUCUCAUCCUGUCGAAGGGUACAGAUCCAAUCCUUCAUCCAGGAUCUCCUCGAGAUACAGGAAGACUACAAACAGCUAGGGCUGUUGGGGCCUGCUGGAUUGCAAAAUUAUUCCGAAAACAAUAGCCGAGAUGCCAAGGAGAAGGCUCGCCUGAUUGCCGAGGUGGACGCUACGGAAGCUCGUCGGGUGUACGCGGAAUUGUUUGCUAGCCAACAACAAGACAGGCAGUAA